AUGCACUUUGGGAGCAUGACGAUGAUGGCUAGGCCCCCAAGGCGAGGGAAGCUCACUGCCCCAAAGACGGGGACCGCUUCUCAAGCCCCAACGAAGCCUGGUCCUUCUGCUAGUGUCGCCGCUCUGCCAAAGUCGCUGAUUCCUCUGAGUAAGCCUCCUACGGCAACAAGUCAGACCACGCUUGCAAGUGGAGCGGGUGGACUGAUGACUGUGCAAGCUAGUGCUGAGACAACGCACAAGGUUCGCGACGUUGGGAAGUGGAUUGCUGAAAGUCCCGCUGAUGAGCAUGAUGAGGGCCGAAAGAAAACGAAGGAGACCUCUUUGACUGAGACAGUGGAUUUUUCUCCUCAUUCCUCACUGCGAGAGGAUUGCGCUCGCCGAAUGCUUCAUGAGUUAUCUGGGAAGCUGCUCGUCCCGCCUGAGUAUACUGAGGCUGAGGAUCCUUCAACCAGAUACUGGGUGGGGACCGCUGCCCAUUUUCUUCUUGCGGCGGGUGUUGGUUUGUCCCAAAUUGGGAUGACCAACGAGAAGCUCCACAUGGCUAACUUGCGCGGUGAGAUGGAGGCGGAGAAGCUGCGAAAGUGGAUUGGAAAGCUGGAGGUGGAAUCACUCAAGGGGCGGGCUAUGUUUCGGGCGGAGGCCAAGGCUGAAUUGGAGAAGGAGCAUGCUGACACCAUUAAGGAUCUCCGCGCGGAUUUGUCCCGGGGAGUCCAGAAAGUGAACAGCUUAAUGGCUGACAAGGAGAUCUUGGAAGCAGACGUAACUCGAUUGCGCGAACCCGUGGAUGAAAUGGAGAAGGCUCAGGCAGAGAGCGUGCUUAGGCACAAAACUGAAGUUGAUGACGCAGCCAAGGCUGCGGUUGCUUCCUAUCUAUUAUCUCCCGCCUUCCGUAAGAUUGAUGAUGCCAAAAGCUCCAAAGUGAUUGCUGAUACAGUGGCUUCGAUCCGACAUUUGUUCCGCCGUGAGCACCCUGAGCUGGAGUGGGAUAUAGACGCCAUGUGGGAUGCGGUGGUAGCUUGGGGCUCCUCCGAGGGUGACGUCAAUUCUGAGAAUGAUCUCACGGUGUUAGCUGGAGGCGAUGAAGCAAGUUCCCGGGGCGGAGGCAAUUCUUAA